UUGAAAUAUUUUUUUAAUUUUUUUUUGUUAAUUAUUUUCGAAUUUCUUUUCAGCUUAGAAAAUGGAUAACAAUUCAAAUCAACCAAGUUCUUCAAAAGAUCCAAAUAUUCAGUGGAUGUAUGAUGGUACAAAAUCUAUUGUUAAUCGAGAGGAUUAUCUUCUUGGGAAAAAGAUUGACAGAAAUUUUGAAUUGUAUUCUGACGUUGUUGUUAAAGACAAAGACGAGGAGACCCGAGACAAUUUUUUUAAACAAAAACUUUUACAAAAUGGCUCUGGGCAUGUACACAAUCAAAAAAUUUCUGCUUUGGAUGUUCGAACAGUUCGUAAUGAGGAUCCGCUUGUUGCUCUCAAGUUCCAAGAAGAACAACGACGUCGACAAAUGUUAGAAAAUCCUUUAAUUAAAUUAAAAGCUCAACGUAUUUUACAAAAAGAAUUUGAAAAACAAAUGAAGAAGGUGGAAAAGAAGAAGAAAAAACACAAAAAAUCUAAAAGAAAUUCUUCCUCGUCAGAUGAAGAAAUUUUUUCAAAACAUAGAAGGUUUGAUGAAAGGGAAAAACAUCGACAUUCGUGGGAAGAAAGAAGUAGAUCGAGGAGUAGAGGAAGAGAUGAAAGAAGGAGGGAAGAUGAUAGAAGGGAGGAAGGCCAUCAUCAUCACCAUAGGGAGUCGUUUUCUCGUUCUUUAGAUGUCAACAGAAACGAUUUGAGACAUUCUAGCCAUAAAGGGGAAGAAAAACCAAAAGAAAGGCUACAAUCCCGUCCAAAAUUGAGUGCUGCUGAAAUUGAGGAGAGGCGAAAAGCAAUGUUGCAAAAUGCUUCUUGGAGAGAUGAAAUGAGAGAAAAUAAUUUUAAAAAGACAAUAGAAGAACUCAGAAAAGAGGAAAAUGAAGCUAACAAUAUUCCAAAUUUUAUAAGACCAGUUAUGGAUUCUGCAAAUUCUUCAUUGGAAAAACGCUUGCAGAGCAACAAAAUGGGAGUACAACGUUCACAUGAUCACAUGGACAAAUCUUUUUUGAAGAGAUGA